AUGAAGUCCCACGGAACCCAGAUAAUACGGAACUUUGGAACUUUGGACCCUGGACUCAACAGGACCCAGUUAUAUCAGUUUGCUAGUGGCAGAGUGAAAGAACAGAUACUGUGGGAACAAUGUGAAGGACAGAGUGACUUGAACAGACUUCGGCAAUCUUUCCUGAAUAAAGUUGACUCUGUUCUUUACAGUAUUGCAGAAAACCAGAGUGCUGAAGCCACAUUCAUUCUCCUGGGAUUUUCAGAAUAUCCUGCUCUCCAGAUACCUCUGUUCCUGUUAUUCUUAAUAAUUUAUGUUGUCGCUGUUGUAGGAAACCUGGGUAUGAUCUUGGUGAUCAAGAUCAAUCCCAAACUCCAUAUCCCAAUGUACUAUUUCCUCAGCCACUUAUCUUUUGUUGAUUUCUGUUAUUCUACAUCUGGUACACCCAAACUACUAGAAAACUUGAUUGUGGAAGACAAAACCAUCACAUUUGCAGAAUGUCUCACUCAAUUCUUCUUUCUGUGUUCCCUUGUGGUGACAGAAAUGUUCAUGUUGGCUGCGAUGGCCUAUGACCGAUUUGUGGCUGUUUGUAAACCUCUACAGUACACGACUGUUAUGUCCCAUAGGCUUUGUGCCACGUUGGUGGGUGCAUCAUACUCUUGGGGUAUAGUUUAUUCUGCCACUCUUAGCUACUUUCUACUGGAUUCAUCAUACAGAGGAAAGAAUGUCAUUAACAACUUUGUUUGUGAACACGCUGCCAUUGCCUCUGUCUCUUAUUCUGACCCUUACAUUAGUCAGCUGCUCCUCAAUAUUAUAGCUACCUUCAAUGAAGUCAGCACCCUCAUCGUCAUUCUUUCUUCCUAUACUUUCAUUUUUAUCACAGUUAUGAAGAUGUCUUCUUCAGGGGGUGCUCAGAAAGCCUUCUCCACUUGUGCCUCCCAUCUCACUGCCAUUACCAUCUUCCAUGGGACCAUCUUCUUUCUCUACUGUGUCCCUAACUCUGAAAGUUCAUGGCUGAUGGUUAAGGUGGGCUCUGUCUUUUACACUGUGGUUAUUCCCAUGCUCAACCCACUGAUCUACAGUCUUAGAAACAAAGUUGUGAAAGAAACUGUUAGGAAAUUAUUUCAUAUCAAAUUAUACAGUGAUAAAAUGUAA